AUGAUUAACCAGUUACCAGAUUGUUUGCUUUGUGAGAUACUUUUCCAUCUUCCCACGGAGGAUGUUGUCAGGACUAGCCUUGUAUGUCGCAGAUGGAGAAAUCUCUGGCAAGACGUGCCUGGGUUGGAUUUGGAGAUCGAUGGUUUUGCUAAAUACGAGUUUUUCAAUAGGUUUAUGGAUUUGAACAGUGGCUUGCGCUUACAAAUAGUUAAGCUACGAUAUCAUCGGUGCAUUGGUUAUAAUUAUGUCAAGCCGACGUUAAACACUGUGUUUAAGCAGAAAAUCCAACGUUUAGAUGUUGAGAGUAACAGAAGAUGCGAAUUGGUUGAGAUACCUCCAACCAUUUAUACAUCAUGUUUGGAGAUGCUGAUCUCAGCUUGCCCUGCUUUAGAAACCCUAACUAUGGACAAGAUGUAUAUACCAAAAGUCUCAUCUCAGUCUCUGUUGAGCUUCUCUCUGACCACACAUGAAGAAAACGAGUAUCCGAGGACACAAGUUCUAAUGCAAACCCCAGGGCUCAAGUAUCUAAAGCUGAAGCGUCAUUUUAUUGCAAGGAUCAUUAUAGAUGAUUUGAGCUCCAUUGUUACGUUGGAUCUUGAUGAUUUGACUAACUUUGGUGAAAGCUUUCCUAAUUUUCUUACACUGAUCUCUUGUGUCAGAAAUUUGACCAUCUCUGUUGAUAUACUUGAGGUCAUUCGUAGGUUCUCGAAAUCGGAAUCACUACGCCGGUUUCAUAACCUUUCUACAUUGAGCGUCAAGGGCAUGAAGUUUGGAUCCUGGGAAAGUUUGUUAGUCUUACUUGAGAGCUGUCCAAAUCUAAAAUCUCUUUUCAUGGGGUUUAGAAUUGGUAGUUACGGAAGAGAUUUCUUGUACGUGCCUCACUGUGUCUUGUCGUCGCUUGAGUUUGUUGAGGUAAAAGCAAAACACUUGGCGAAUAUGGAGAAACUUGGAAGUUUUUUCUUACAGAAUUCAACAGUCCUCAGGAAACUUACUCUCUGUUUAGAUCAUAUCAAGGAACAAGAUUCUGUGAUCCUCGCUCAGCUCAUUGCAUUGCCAAGACGGUCUAAUACGUGUGAAGUUGUUGCUCGCUCUCGAACAUAA